CCCCGGCGUUCUUCCACCAGCAUCCAUUCCAGACUCCCACCCACUAGUCACAAACCUCACAUCUCCUUCAACGUCAAAGCAAAUAUGCCUUCCAUUUCACAUCUGCUGUCCCAACCAACCUGGAGAAACAUCGGCCUAGGCCUGACCACCACGUUCUUCGCCCUCGGCGCCCUCUCUCUCAUUCGCCCCAUCACCGCCGCAGCCGCCCUCGGCGUCUACCCCACCACCCCCGAAGGCCACACCAUCAACCAAAAGUCCAUGACCUUCCUCGGUAUACGCGAUGUUGCUGUUGCAAACAGUCUGUUUUGGCUUCACGCUAGGGGACAGACGAAAGAGACGGGUGUGCUGAUGUGCAGUUGGGUGUUGGUGUGUGUGACGGAUACAUGGGUUGCAGUAGAAGGAUUGAAGGAAAGAGGGGACAAGGGUGGGAUUGUAGUGUUGGUUGUUGGGGCAGUGAUCACCGCUGUGACGGGGUUGGGGCUGUUGGGAUUGUGAUCGGAGGAUGGCAGAGGUAUCUGUGCAAAGCGGAAGCCUAUCCAACGAGUAGGCGAGGCGAUCAACACGGAAGCCCUAAGUAGAGAAGUUUGAAAACAUGUGCAAAAGAGAAAG